GAAGAGCUCAAUUUAGCCAGUGACGUGCCUCCGAGCCGAGCCUUGCGCUCUGACUGGCUGAGCUCGUCGCUGACAUCACUCCGUCCGGCCGUUGAUUUGCCGCUGUCUCCGAGGCUCCGGGGCGAGAGGCUCAACCAUGGGCUCCUGCACUUAGGCACAGACGGAGCUAGCGCUGCAGAGAGAGAAAGAGAAAAGAGCGUGAGAGUAGAAGAGAGAGCGUGUGGGCGAAGGGGGGCUGCUUUUGGGAGCUCGCUCGACGCAGCAGCCGGCACAGCCAAUGCAGCCUCUGGUACUAUGGAAACUAAACCUCUGACCAAUGGAAAUAAUGGAGGCUACGAUGUGGCAGGUUCCUGAAGGGCAUGAGCGCCUUGUCUGCGGCCAGUGCUGUUCUGAUCUGGAGCCAGUGCUGGUGACAGGGACAUGGGCCUCUUCCUCAGGGCUUCCAGCACGCUCAGCACAAGCGACGACCUGGUCCACAGCACCACUGAAAGGGACGCCAGGGCGGCGCCACCACAGGCCCAGCACGCAGCAGAACAUCGGGAGACGAGUGAGACCAUGAGGGGUCUGGAGACGGAGGAAAGCAACUCCGCGCCAGGGGGCGACGGCCUCAGGAAGUCCGAGAGCCGGGAGCACGUAGAGCCCAACGGGGACGAGAACUGCUGCGAUGAUAAGAGCGAAACACAGCGGCAAAUACCUGGACAGAGCGCAAAGCGGCCCAAGUCUAACGCAAAGUUAAAGUUAGUUCGGAGCCUGGCCAUUUGUGAAGAACCCUCACCUCCCCCAAUUACCUCUGAACUGCCGCCAGAACAUCAGGAUGAGAUCCAGAUCAAGCUCUGUCAGUCAUUCGACAAAGAGGACACUCCGGCCAGUAGAAAUGAAGACGACCGAGAGAGAAGUGCAGACAAGUUGGAAAAAUUGGAGAGCAUGCAGCGCAAGAUGCUGUCAAGAGAUUCCAGUCAAGAAUACACCGACUCCACUGGCAUCGAUCUGCACGAGUUCUUGGUUAACACACUGAAAAACAACCCCAGGGACAGAAUGAUGCUGCUGAAGCUGGAACAGGACAUCCUCGACUUCAUCAGUAACAAUGAGAGCCAGAGAAGAAAGUUUCCCCCCAUGACCUCCUACCACAGAAUGCUCCUGCAUCGAGUAGCUGCUUACUUUGGCUUAGACCACAACGUCGACCAAACGGGCAAAUGCGUGAUCAUCAACAAAACUAGCAAUACAAGAAUUCCAGAUCAGAAGUUCUCCGAACACAUCAAAGAUGACAAGACGGACGAUUUCCAGAAGCGUUACAUUUUAAAAAGGGACAACUCCAGCAUGGACAAAGAUGACAACUUGAUGCGAAUGAGGUUAAAGGAUGACAGGAGGAGUAAAUCAAUAGAAGAGCGUGAAGAGGAGUAUCAACGAGCGAGAGAGAGAAUAUUUGCUGACGGUUUGGAUACUUUCCCGCUUGAUAAAAGGAUCCAGGAGGACGACGCUUGCAACACCACACAGCAGAGGCGGCAGAUUUUCAGGCUGAAACAUGGGCGCUCGGGAAACGGGACCAGCCGCCAGAGUAGCUCGGAGACCGAGGCUCGUUCCUCUGAGCCGCGGCCGUGGAGCAGCACGGACUCGGACAGCUCGAACCGCAACCUGAAGCCUGCCAUGACCAAAGCCAGCAGCUUCAGCGGCAUCUCGUUGCUCAUCCGCGGAGACAGCUCCAGCAGUGGCAAGAGUGCUUCACGUCUCUCUAAAACGGGUUCUGACUCUUCUAGUAGCGUAGGUUCAUCUACGGGCUCGCUCUCUCGCUCUCUGCCUCCCCCUCCUGUGGCCCCGUCCCUAAUCCAGCCGGGCCACGCUGCGCCCUUGGCCUAUCCUACCGUCAGCACUAGUAGCAGUGUGUCCUGUGAGGGUGGCAGGAGCGGGGCGCCAACAACCGCAGCUAACACUAGCUACUAUUUGCUUCCCCUGGAAGCAGCGGGAAUACCGCCCGGGAGCAUCCUGCUCAACCCGCACACAGGUCAGCCUUUUGUGAACCCGGAAGGCAACGCCGUGGUCUACAGCCCCAGCGUGGCUCCUCAGGCUUCCAGGCCCCAGCCGCCUUUGCCUCCUCCUCCUCCACCUCCUCCUCCUCCACCUCUUCCUCCUGGCCCCCACCAGCAUCAGUCCACAAAUCAUGUGAUGUCCCAGCCCCUCUGGCCUGUCCAGCCCUCCACUCAGCCUGUGCAGUACUCGGCGGUGUCUUACCCACCACAGCUCCUCUCCGUCUCCCCUAACCAGCAGUACACUGUGCAAGACAACCUGAGCACCCAGUUCAGCCACAUGAGCCUGGCUCGGCAGCCGUCAGGCGAGGCCCGUGAUGCCCACACUGCCAUGUAUCCGUCCUCCAUGGUGCUCCAGGCUCCUCCUCCCCCUCAGCAGGCCGGCUACAUGGUGCCCACGCCUGGGCAGAGCAUGCCAACCCCUACCUACUCCACUCCUGCGCCAGGCCCAGUGCCCGUCAACCAGCCGGUGAUGCAGCAGCAGGGCUACAUGCAGCAGCCUAUGCAGCAGAUGCAGUGUUACUGCGCACCAGGCCAGUACCCUCUGUCCAGCCAGCAGUAUCGGCCAGUUGGCACGGUGCAGUACAAUAGCCCUCAGAGCCAGCCGAUGCCCCCUCCUCCUCCCGCUCCUACCCAACAGCCAGGUUACCAAACUGUGAUGCCAAAUCAGCAGCCGAGCUACCAGAGCGUGGUGCAGCAGCCGACGAGUCAAACCCUGGUCAGUGGCCAACAUAGCAAUAUGGGGAAUCAAAUGCAAGGCAUGAUGGUCCAGUAUCCCUCAGUGCCAUCUUAUCAGGUAUCCAUGCCUCAAGGAUCCCAGCAGACAUAUCAGCAGCCAGUCAUUAUUCCCAGCCAGUCAAGCCAUGCGUCCAGCAUUCAGGUCUACUACAGUGUUAUACCACCAAAUCAACAGAACAACAUGAGCUCCACAGUGGGAUUCCUACCCCCUCCAGGCACGGAGCAGAUGCCGUUCCCUCGCACGUCCUCCCCCUGCAGUUCCCAACAGAUUCCCGCCCAGCAGUGCUCAGGCGUGCCUCCUCCACCCCCGGGUAGUGGCAUGGUGAUGAUGCAGCUCACAUUACCUCCUGGCCAGCAGCCACGGCCGCACUCGCCUCCUCAGUGGAAACACAACAAGUACCACAGCCUGGACCAUCAACGCAGCCAGAAAUCCACCGACGUCUGCUGUCUGGACAGCUCCCAAAGCAGCACUCAGCUCGGCAGCCCGUCCACAUCCCCAGCACAGUCACCCGCUCCCUCCCACCUGACAAACGUCAAGAACGUCCGACCCGGCCUCACCUCUCUUCCCAUCAUGCCUCAGUUCUCCAGAUCCAUUGUCCCGGGGCAAGGUGAUGCACGGUACCCUCUCCUCGGUCAGCCUCUUCAGUACAACCCUCAGAUCCGUCCUCCUUUGCUCCACGCGCCCUCGAUGGUCACCAAUCACCAGGGCCCUGUGGGAAUUCGGCAUGGCGGUCGAGGCAGGAAGGGGCCCAGGAAGGCGCUCUCUACAGAUCUCAGUUGAGUGGGCAGGUCCAGGCGGUGACGGCGCUGCCCGAGGAUGUCGGCCACAUGCAGGCUGACAACCUGCAGGAGAAACUGUGCAUGGUGGGCCUCAAACAUACUGCGUCCACGCCUAGCCUCCUCCCCCUCUUCAAUUCUCAUUCUCUGAGCCAGCCCCCACCAUCCUGCCCACGGCCCCCUCCAGGCUCAGCGUCACAGGGGGCAACAUGCCACGGUGCCUGCCUGGCACCCUUCAUUCUAACCCUCAGCAGAAGACACAGCGAGCGGUCCGGCCUGGAGCGGGGAGAGCCAGCUCUCAGUGAGAGUGUUAACUGUAACCGAUCCCUACCUUGACCCUUACAGCACCAGCACCCCUCCCUUCCUCACCCUCACACUCAUCCUCAACCUCACCUUCUCCUUUCUGACUCUGAGUUGCCCGUUUCGUUUUGUUUUGUUUUGUUUUUCUUUUUUUUUUUUUUUUUCUUUUUUUUUUUACAAGGAUGCGCUUUUCCUCCCUCCUGUCUCCACAGCUGGGGUAUAGACACUUCCAGGGGGUGACAGUGUUGUCUUUCUGACCUUUGAGGUUUUUGGGGAAAAAGGCAAAACGAACUUCAGUCCAGAAAAUCUCCUAUGACAGUUCAGACAUAUAACGUCCUCUCUAUAUUUAACUGACUGGAACAUAUCAAAGGGCAACCUGUAUUUUUUUUUUUUUUCUACUUUUUUAAUUUUGUCUCUCCAUUUUUUAAAAUAAAAAAUUUUUAUCUGUUAUCAGACUAAUAGUCCAACAAUGUUUUUCCCCAGUCCAGCACCGUUGAUCAUAUUUACCCCUGUCUGAGGCCCUCCUGAUGCACAGCUGCCCCUCCGUACCAACCAUCACCCCCUCGGUGUGGUCAAAUCAUGGAGUCACCUCUGUGCUACGCAGCGGGUCUCAUGUUGUGCCUUCGAUCAGAGGCCGACUUUGCUUUUCUCCGACAGAAAAACAAAGACGCCUCAGUGUCUAGUGUAAAAUGACGACCCACGCAUUGUUUUUGUAAAUAAUUUAUAUAGUAGCUAAAUAAUUCAAUUGUUUUCCUCUCCUCUGAAUGUUGGGAAUAGACACAGGCUUAUUAUUUUUUUUAGUGAUUUUUUUUUUUUGUUUGUUUUUGGACAUCCAUCGAUUUUAACUUUAUUUAAGAUGUCACAGUGAAUCAUCCACUCAUCACCGCUAUUUUAAUAAUCCCCGAAUGAUUCUCUUCCGCCUGUCUCUGAUUCUCUUCUUCACACCCCGAACUUUUGUUUUUCAAAAUCUUUUAAAAAAUUAUAUACUGGGUCACUGGAAAAAAAAAACAAUUUGCACAUUUAUACAAUUCGCUAUAUAUAUAUAUAUAAAUAUAUAUAUAAAAAUAAAUAAAUAUAUAUUUUUUUCUUUUAUUUCUCAAAGAAAAUGUGUGGAUUCUGAAAGGUUGUUUAAUGUUUACUGGUGUCAUUUUUAUUUCAGUUUGAAAACCAAUAAAUGUUUACACCAAAUGA